AUGGCGAACAACAGAUUGCAAUACCGGAGACGGAACCCGUACAACACGCGGUCCAACCAGGUCCGCAUCGUCAAGACCCCCGGCGGCGAGCUCCGGUACCUCCACAUCAAGAAGAAGGGCACUGCUCCCAAGUGCGGUGACUGUGGCAUCAAGCUCCCUGGUGUUCCCGCCCUCCGUCCCCGUGAAUACUCCCAGAUCUCCCGCCCCAAGAAGAACGUCAGCCGUGCCUACGGUGGUUCCCGCUGCGCCGGAUGUGUCAAGGACCGCAUUGUCCGCGCUUUCUUGAUUGAGGAGCAGAAGAUUGUCAAGAAGGUUCUCAAGGAGUCUCAGAAGGCCGGAAAGCGCUAA